GCUCGGGCGCGCCUCUGCGAAUUUGGAUGCAUUUAUUACAUAAUGCGUACUAGCAUAGCAACAACAAUACCUUCGCGCCUCGCUUCAACUUGACCCUAAAGUCUGUUUGCUGCAGCUUUGGGGCCUGCUCUGGAGCGAAUACUCGAUGGCAAGCAAAUAGGAGCCAGAAUCGUGGAGCAUAGAGCAAGCGAUAGGGGCUGGCGAGCUCGGCAAGCCCAUCUUCAAGAGCACCUGGAAGCACUUGCAGGGUUCCAGGGAGCGCCAGAUAGUUCGCUCGGGUCCGAAGCGAAAGCCGCGUGGCAGCGGGAAUGGACUCGGCAAUCAGCGAUUGGCUUGCGCAGCCAAGCUGCGAGCCGGAGCUCGCGGGCGUAGACCAGUGGCUCGGGGACGGAGCGCUUCCAGACCUUGCCGUUGACGAGUUUGCAGCGAAUGUCGAAGACUUCCUGGCAUCCACUCCGCCAGUCCUAACUGAGGGUUUGGACACGGCGCUUGCGCCCUCCCCCCUAGCUAACGACGGUGCCAGCAGCAACCCGUCCAGCAGCAGUGGCUGCGGCACCAACAGCGCCGGCGCCGUGUGUGGCGGCGGCGGCGGCGGCAGCACCAAUGGCGGCGGCAUGGGUGGCGGCUUCGGCGGUGGCGGCGGCGGCGGACUGGGCGGGCUGGGUGGCUUUGGACGCGGCACGUUUCGGAGCUUCAGCACCAACGACCUGCAGUUGCUUGCGGCUCUGGAGGGCUCUUACCUGGGCGGCCUUCCUCCCACUGCCGGCCUGAGCGCACCGCACACACUCGGCAGCCACAACUUUGCACACAGCCAGAACCAACACAGCCAGAACCACAACGCGAAGCAGCACAAUGGCGCCGGCGCCUCCGCGGCCUCAACGCCGUCUUCCUCCUCAGGUGGGCCCGGCGGCAGCACUGGCGGCGGCGGCGGCGCAGCGCUUCUGUCGCGCUCACCCGGCGGCGGCAAGGGCUGGGCAGGUCCUGCGCUGGCGCCUGUUCCCGAAGGCGCCCCGACACAUGGCGAAGCCAUGCUUCUGCAGAUGACCCAGCAGCAGACGCAGCAGCAACAUUACUGCCUGACAUCGGCGGCUGCAUCUGGCGCAGUGGCAGCCGCGGCCGCAGCUGGAGCCAUGGCUGGCGUGUGUGGCGUCGCCGCCACGUCGCCGGCCUGCCAGGAGCAAGCGCCGUCGCCCACAGACCACGGCGCCCAGCCCGCCCCGCCCGCCCAGCCCGCUCAGCCCGCUUACGCAGCUGCCUACGCAGCAGCAGCCGCGCCGAGCAGCAGCAGCACUGGCAUGGCACUGGGUCCCACACCCGUCUUCCAGCACCCAGUGCAGCCUCAGCAGCCUUUGCAGCAGCAGGCUCAGGGUGUGGCAGGCAGCCCACCGACAGUGCCGCCGCCGCCGCCGCUUGCUGGCGGCCUGGGCGGCAUGCGGCACGUGCCGUCGUUCGGGACCUUAUCCAAUCUCAUGUCCACCACACUGACCAUCAAACGUGAGGCGGACGAGGACCCAGGCUCCGACAGCCCGCGCCACACCGGCACUGGGUUCAUGGCCCCUGUGUCCUUUGGUGGCCAGAACCACUUCCAACAACACCAGCAACAACAACAGCAACAGCAGUCGCAGCCGGCUCCGCCGGCUGCUCCAUGCACUCACAUGGACGCGCAGGCUGAGUCACAGCCGGCAGCUGUCGCCGUGAGCAUGUUUGCGCAACAGCAGCCGCAGCAGCAGCAGCAGCAGCGGCCGCACACGCAGGCGGUGUUUGGUGCGCGCAGUGGCUUUGGUGGACCGAUGCCAAGCGCGUUUCAGGCAUUGGGUCUGCCGCUGCCGCUGCCCGGCGCAAGCUUGCCUUCGUUUCCCGCCGCGCCUCAGCAACAACAGCAGCAACAGCAGCCUCAGGACCCCAGCGCGCCGACCGCCUCCGCCACCGCCACAGCUGCGCCACCGGCACCUGCCGCCGCCAUCACUGUCAAGCAGGAGCCAAGCGCAGUCGCAAACGCGGUGGCGGGAGCGGUGGCGGCCGCCGCGGCGGAGAUGGUGGCACAGGCGCAGGCACAGGCGCAGGCACAAGCGCAGGCGCAGGCACAAGCGCAGGCGCAAGUGCAGGCUCAGGCGCAGGCGCAGCCGGAGGCACCUGCCACCCACAGCGCAGGCAGCGGCGGCGCGCUCGCCGCCUCAGCUGCAGAGCUCGCGAACUCAGCUGAAAGCGGCGGCGGCGGAGGCUUUGGUGGCGGCUUGAGCCUGGCCAGGCUGGGCAUGGGCAUGGGUGGCGGCGCCGGUGGCGGAGGACUGCGCAAGUGUGCGAGUGCGCUGGAGCUGUGUGAGUGGCGCAGCAACAGCGUCAGCCUGGACCCUGUGGGGGAGGACGAGGAGGAGGAGGAGCUGGGAGGAGCUGGUGGCGGCGGAGGCAGCAACCGGGAGGGCAGUGCCGGGCCUGCUGAGGGCGGCGGCGCGGACGGCGCCGGUGGCGGCAGCAGGAUGAUUGGGCGGCUGACGGUGGAGGAGCGGCUUCAGCGCAUCCUGCGCUACCGCCAGAAGCGGCAGAUGCGCAACUUCGCGCGCGAGAUCAAAUACCAGUGCCGCAAGACACUUGCCGACUCGCGGCCGCGUGUGGGGGGCCGCUUCGCGCGCAACGACGACCCCAACAGCGUGAUGCCGCACCAGACAAAGAAGGCUCAGCGGUCUGGCCGGUCGGCCGGCGGCCACGAUUCGGCGGCGGCCGCCGCGCACCAGCAGCAGCAGCUGCAGCACAAGCAAGCCGUGGCGGCGGCGGCGGAGCACCAGCGGCAGCUGCAGCAGCAGCUGGCGGUGGCUGUAGCAGCCAAGGCGGUCGAGGCGGUGAUGGCGCGGCAGCAGCAGCAACAGAAGCAGGCGGUGGCGGCGGCGGCCGCGGCAGCGGCGGCAGCGAUGCCGCUGCCCAUGCCCGGCAUGCACCCGACGGCGGCGGCGGCGGCGGCGAAGGCUGCGAGUCAGCCCGCCCACAACGCCACCACCACCAGUGCUACCAUCUCCACGACCAGCAGCGGCAGCAGUGGCGACCAGCCCGGCGGCGCAAGCACCGCCGGCACGGCGGCGGCUGCUACUGCCGCCGCCGCGGCAGCCGCAGCCGCUGCGGCGGCAGCCGCCGGCGGCGGCGGCUACCCCGGUGCCGCCGCGCACCCGGGUGGCGCCUACCCGCCUGGCAUGUACGCGGCCCCUGGGCAUCCCCCGGUCGUGCUGACGCAUGCCUAUCCCGGCGGCGCCGCAGCCGCCGCGGCGGCGCCGCAGCAGAUGGCCGGCAUUGUGUAUCCGUACAGCUACCAUCCGUACGCCUACGCGGCGGCGGUGCCUCCGCCAGGCGUGGCCGUGGCCCUGCCCGCCGGCGGCGUGGCGGCCCACCACCAAGCCUUCGCGCAGCACCAACAGCAGCAGCACGCUGUGGCAGCGGCGGCGGUGGCGGCGGCGCACUACCAGGCGGCAGCCGCACAGGCGCAGGCACAGGCGCAAGCGCAGGCGCAGGCGCAGGCGCAGGCACAGGCACAGGCGCAGGCACAGGCGCAGGCACAAGCCGCUGCGGCGGCGGCCGCCGCCGCAGCGGCAGCGGCCCAGGCGCAAGCGGCCGCCGCCGUUGCCGGCACUGCACAGGCGGCACCCAUGUACGGUGUGGCGCCUACGGCUGCGCUGCACCACCCCAUGUCCACGCACUUGUACCCCUACGCCGCCCCCUCGCCCGCGGGCAUCCCGCCGCCGGGCCUGCUGCCGCCGCAGCAGUACGCACCGCCGCCGCCGCCGCCGCCGCAACCGCACGCCGCCAUGCCGGCGGCGCCAGCCUGCGCCAUCACGCCCGGCGGCGCCGCCUCUGCCGACACUCCAGAUAGUGCCGCCGUCGGCAUCGGCGGCAGCGCUGCCGCCGCCGCUGCCUCUGUCAUGGCUCCUGACAGUGGCUGCGGCAGCGCCAUGCUUGGCUCGCUGCCGCUGCCAUUGCCGCUGCCGGGUGACGUGGCGGCUCUCGGCUCGGAGGGGGGCGAGGCGGGUUUGGGUUUGGGCGACGUGCCGGAGCGGUUGGAUUCUCCUGGGCUGCUGGAUGCGCUGUUCAGUCACAUGGAUGCAGAGAUGGCGGCGGAGGUGGAGGAGAGCGCGGCGGCGGCGGCGGCGCUGCUGCACCCCACAGCGGCGGGCACCGCAGGCGGUGGCGGCGCUGGCCUGGCGGCACAGCAUGCACAGCACACGGGCGUGUCGUGCAUGGCUGUGGAUGGCUGAAGGAAAGGUGGAGCGGCAGGCUGCAGGCGGCUGGUGCGUGCCGUAGCCGAUUGCGGCACGGCACGUGUGCAGCCGCAGGGCCUGUUCACGCAUGCGGCCGCGGCUUUGCAGGCGAGGUCGAGCCCUACCUUAAGGCCGGCGAGCACCUCGAGCCUGGCAGUGGCAGCGAGAGGAGCAGAGCAACGAAGCAGCAGCAAUUGAGCCUGGACAAAAGAGGGGUUACUGUCGGUCCAGUCAGCCCGCGGCGGGGUGCGGCAUGACAUAUGCGAGGGGCCGCCCGCCGCUGCCAUGCACGUUACAUUUGGAGGGGUGAGCAACAAGUUUUCUGAGCAACAAAACACACCACCAUUAUUGUUGCCGUUGAACCUAAUUGUCCGUCGCGGUCUUGUGGCCGCGGUAUGUAUGUGCGCGUGUUCUUAAGUACAAAAGUAAUUUUGGCCGACGAAGCAUGACGGGGCUUGGGCCCGUUGGUGGCAGCUGUCGCAUGGUGUGCAGGGCAACCGCAGUCGGCUGCAUAAGCAACGGCACGGCCGUACGAUGCAUACGUAGGCACUUACGUAUUGACGGCACGUACGUACGGGAAUAUAAUUUUCGUACUGCUUAUGCACUGCUGCAAAUAGUUGCUUUUCGGGCUGAGCCCCUUUCCCCGUGACCGGGGAACACUUGUCGUACUGCUGCGCGGUUGCGGCUGCGAGCAUGCUCAUGAGCGUCAGUUAAAACCCAUAGCAUCGAGGGUGGGAACGCGAGCUGCGCAAGGAGUCACCUCCAAACCCGAGGCAGGACCACCUGUGUGAUGCACCGAGAGUGAGAGCUGAUACACGCACACUCACACACACUGGGUGCACAUCGCCCUGGCCGUAACUCGUGCGAGCGCGAGUGGCGCGAAACGCGGGUGCGGGCUGAGAAGAGCGUUUCGGGCCUUCUUGCUCAAAACGGCAUAUGUAUGAAUACAUUUUUGGGCCAUGACGAGAUUUGCGGCCGGCAGCAACAGGCUGUCUGCGGUUGGGCCGGUUUUUGCAUGUACCGGCAUCAAGCUUUGAGCUUAUUACUGGGAGGGCGAAAGACAAAACAAGGGAAAGUUGUGACGAUUCAGCAGACUGUUAGCGAGAGCCGCGUGCUAUUCGGUUACUGGACGGCAUUUCCUAUGGAUACGGCAUAAGCUGGAAACACGGACGGGCGGCGUCUGCGUCGGGAGGGGACAAGUGUGUGCAGGUGCCACCUGCAUCGGAGUGAGGCAUGCGCGUGACGAUUGCAACUGGCGGCUGGCUGCCAGAGUGCAGAGGAUUAAGGAGAGGCGUUUAGUGCUGACUCCGUCAGUUUACUAGGGCUUGUGCAUCAAAAAAAGCGAGAGGCAGAGGGACGUGGUCCCACAUUGCGCAGGAAAUCGAGAAGAAAACAACACAAGUAUUGUGGUUGGGCUGGAUGCAGCUGGCGCAGGUCGCAUAUCAAUUUGGUCAUCGCUGAUGAGGCUGUUGAAGUUGGGUUGCGUUUGAGGCAUCAUACUCUUUUGUAGCAGGCAGAUGGGGGCGGUGCCCGAGCUUAACGCGAGAACAUUGGUAACUGACAGCCGCAGUUGCGGCUAACGCUCGGUUUGUCGUACAGCGUAAAGGGGCGUCACCUUCCAUUCAACAUGAGGCCUUGCACUAUGCGGUACAGACGUACGUGAUCUACAUCGCGCGUCUAUGCGGGCAGGCCGGUCGGUUGCCGAGUGAUUGCAGUAGCAUCCGUUGUGGAAGCAGUUGAUGUGCGUGAGUGCGGUGCGGCGUGUACGGCUGGGACCUACCAAAGAGGGGGUGAAGGGCGGCGCGGGCACAGAGAUACACACGUGUCAACACCACAAGCACCUAUCUAUCUGACGCAAGUCGCGGAUCACGAGGCGGUCGGUAGUUAUUGGAAAAGGUGUUGGGGUUCGAUGGCGACGCCGGGUUGUCAGUAUGACUGCGCGGAGGCGGGCAUGGCAAGGCGUUAACGCGCCAAGUGUCGAAACCGGUGCCAUAGGAGAGCAAUAUAAUUACGUAGAGCUGAAUGUCUCAUCGUGGUGUGGAUUGUACAUCGCCGUGUGUGUGUUCUCUAAUGGUCAUCGUUGUGAAUGUGGUGAACAGGGCCCCGCGCCGCAAUUGCCCUUGAGUUCCUUUGGGAUAGUUUGCUAUCAUGUUGGUAGGAGGCCCAGUUACACGUUUGGACAGCACGGAGCAUCGCAGCGAGCGGGGUCCUAGCGUACAGACCCCAGACUCCGCCCGUGUGGGCUGGUUUCAGCCAGUAAGCACUGCAGCGGUAUGGGCGAUCCUGGCUUCGGCCAGCAGUGCAUCGCUCAUGAACGCCGCGUGAUUCCUUUUGACAUUACUUGAAGCGUGUUAUGGUGGCAUGUAUGUGUGGCGGGCUUUACUGUGUUGAUAUGGGUGUGGAAGCGCGCAGGACAAGGGCGCCGCACAAAGGCGGGCACGCAACAAUGCGGCAACGUGCGCUCAGGCGUGCGCACGCCUGUGUGGCCCAAGUCAGAACGCGCAGGGCAACAAAACAAAGUGCUUGCGGAUGGGCAGCAGGGCGGGGGGAAGGAAGCAGAUAGACCACGGGGGCAGGGGCUUAUCCACGAGGGCUUCGUCUUGGAAGUGUGUUGAUGCCAUGAGGGGCUGGGCACGCGGCUCUGGCUAUCUGUCCACGCCCACAGCAGCCGCGUGAGUCUUGAUGCAACCCCGCGCGGCCGGAGGCCCCGUGCAUCAGGGCUUGGUGGGUUGCUGCCGCGCGACCGCUGGUGAUGUGCGAUGGGACAGGGUUGAGGCAGGUUGGCGAGGUCCCGUAGGCCGUAGGGUGCAGCUGACGAACGCCGCCUGGCUGGUCGAACGCCGGAGUUACUGUACCGACAAGUUGCUGGCUGGCUAGGAGUUUGCUGAUGCGCAUUCCUCACGCUCCGCUGGUGAUGUGUAAUGCAAGCGCGAA